CCUUUACCAAAGAGGUACCAUCGAAUUCCACGCUUUUCAAUUGAGGCCAAAGAUUGUCCCUUUCUCUCGUUCUCUUUCUUCUUCUUCGUGGUGGUGAUGAUCUUUAUAAUCCAACAUUCCUUCCACCAAAAGAGAAGUUUUGACACACAGAAUGUUCCAAUAUGUUUCACAAACUAAUAGUACUUAUUUGCAAACUUCAGAGAAGUAAGUGUACCAAAGAAAGCAACAGAACCGAUUAUCUUACCUCCACCACCAGUCCACCACUAUUCACCUGGCUGCUGCCUGUGACUUGAGGGUGAGAGAGAGAUAGAGAGAGACAGAGGAGAGAAAAGGAAAGAGCCCGCGUAACACAAGAAAGGAAAGAUGAUGUGGAGAACGGAAAAAGCCUGCCAUUGAUGCUUUUUAAGCAUAUCAUAUAUACAGAGCUCUG